CUUUUAAAAUAAUCCACCUCUCCAAGCCAAACACCAAGCUUCAUUUCUGCACUGCUGGGCUGGCGGGGCUAGGCUAUAAAACGGAGCCAAGGCAGCGCAGCCGGCUCAGAGGCGAGCCCGGAUUCCGCAGGCGGCGCAGGACCCGCACGCAGCCUCUGCCCCCUCCGGCGCUGCUGCUUUUCCUGGAACACAGAACCAACCGACCCCGGGAGCAAGAUGUGCAAGGGACUCGCUGCACUGCCAGCCACUUGCUUAAAAAGUGCCAAAGACAUGAAACAUCGUCUGGGCUUCUUGCUGCAGAAGUCAGACUCUUGUGACUACAGCUCUUCCCAUGGCAAGAAGGAGAAAAUAUCUUCAAGCCAGAGGGUUAGCCAAGAGGAAGUCAGAAAGUGGGCAGAGUCUUUGGAAAACUUGAUCCAUAAUGACAGAGGACUGGCUGCUUUCCGUGCUUUUCUCAAAUCUGAGUAUAGUGAGGAAAACAUCGAGUUCUGGGUCAGUUGUGAGGACUACAAGAAAACCAAGUCACCAGCCAAGCUCAGCCCCAAGGCCAGAAAGAUCUACGAUGAGUUCAUCUCAGUGCAGGCCACAAAAGAGGUGAACCUGGAUUCAUGCACACGGGAGAAGACAAGCCACAAUAUGCUGGAGCCUACACUGUCCUGCUUUGAUGAGGCUCAGAGAAAAAUAUUCACCCUGAUGGAAAAGGAUUCUUACCGCCGUUUCCUUAAGUCUCCCUACUACCUGGACUUGGUCAGCCCACCUGGUGCUGGCUGCGGGCCCGAAAACUGCAAAAGAAGCCACACCCACACCUUAGACUGCAACUCAAACAUCAUCUCCCAGUGUGCCUGAGCCUCCAGCAAGGCAGGAUCAGGCUGGGCUCUCGCAAGAACAUACAGCAGCAAAAGCAUUCAGAGGUGUCUCCAAUAGCUGUCUAAUGUCCCAGUUAUAUCCCAUGCCAUGCAACAGCCAGCAUUUGUAACCCAAGACAGGCUCAGUGUGUGUAGCAAACCCUCCUCUGACUCCAUCGGUGCAGGAGUGCUGGGAUCUGUGUCUGACAUGGAAGCUGGG